AUGGGAGGCGAAGAUAAUGUAAAGCAUCUUGAAGACUGCUCCGUUUCCAAUGCAUUGGGCACUUGGGUGUUCUCAGUUGCAGGAGCAUUGCUGGCUAUUCCAGUUGGGAUAAAGCGCAAAUCUCUGGCACCCCUUGUAUUUUUUGGCACCACAGGUACUAUGUUGGAUAUUAUCAUGGGAAUUAGUGCUUGCGAAAGGGAACACGCAGAGCGCCAAAUGAAGCUACUUGAAGAGCAAAAUGCUGCUGCUGAGACUUCUUUGGGUGAAACAAAAAUUGAUUCAUAA